CUCUCUCUCUCUCUCUCUCUCUCUCUCUCUGCCUCCACAAAAAUCAACUCUCAAACCAAUGCAAAUGAAGCUAAACAUGCCUAAACAUAGAUUUUUCAAAUUCAGAUCCCCCAUUUUCUUUAACCCAAUUCUCAUUUUGAAUUAGGAUUUACCUCUUUUUCCUUGCAAUUUGGUUGCCUUCUCUUUUGACAUAUUUGAAAACACUCUAACCUGUUUUUGAACAAUAUCCUACUUUUGUUGAUUUCUCUAAAAAAGCCCAAUUUUAUUCUUUUGGGUUUUUUAUAUCUUCCAAAAUCCGAUCUUUAUAUCCUCUUGGUGUUUCGUUUCCAUUAAAAUCUUGGGUGGCUCAUAUUUCUCCUACUUUUUGUGGUUUUCAUAGCAUAAAAGUUUGUGUUCCUUAAGUGGAUUUUUAUAGUUCUUGUUUGUACUCCAUGUUUGGGAAGGGAUUUAAGUUACAAGAAUUCCAGUUUUAUCACCGUGUAGUGAAAAUGGGUUGGAUCAUGCUUAGGAUUGAUUAUUCCAGACUAUUUUGGUUGCUUUUUGGGCUUUUUUCUUAUGAGAAUCAUGAAGGAAAACCGAGGAUCUAGUCCACCUUCAGAAAUCUUUUUCGACCUUUAAAGCUUUAGUUUUCUGGCGAACAUGUUCAAGCAUAGGCCACCAAAUUACAGUGAACCCGAACCCUGUUACGUCGAGACUGAUCCUUCAGGUCGAUAUGGACGAUUCAAUGACAUACUUGGGAAAGGGGCGACAAAGACUGUUUACAAAGCUUUUGAUGAGCUAAGAGGAAUGGAGGUAGCUUGGAACCAGGUGAAGCUCAAAGAUGUUUUCAGGACACCAGAUGAACUGCAACGCCUAUAUUCGGAGGUUCAUCUUCUGCGCACUUUGAAUCACGAUAAUAUCAUCAAAUCUUAUGCUUCAUGGGUAGACACCGAUUCUCGCACAAUCAACUUCAUCACUGAGUUGUUUGCAUCCGGAACCUUGCGCGAGUACAGGCAAAAAUACAGGAGAGUGGACAUGCGAGCUAUCAAGAACUGGGGUCGACAGAUACUACAAGGCCUUGUUUACCUCCAUAGCCACUGCCCUCCCAUCAUCCACAGAGAUCUAAAAUGUGAUAAUAUAUUUAUCAAUGGACAUUCUUCUCAAGUUAAGAUUGGAGACCUGGGCUUGGCUGCUAUCCUUCGUCAAUCUCAAGCGGCCCACAGUGUCAUAGGCACACCGGAAUUUAUGGCACCAGAGCUUUAUGAAGAGGAGUACAACGAGCUUGUUGAUGUUUACUCCUUUGGUAUGUGUGUUUUAGAGAUGCUUACUGCUGAUUACCCAUACAGCGAGUGCUCCAACCCGGCUCAGAUAUACAAGAAAGUCACGUCGGGUAAGCGGCCAGACUCGCUCAAUCGGGUGAUGGAUCCAGAGGCCCAAUGGUUCAUCGAAAGAUGCCUGCAGAGCGCACCAAUUAGGCCAUCUGCCAAAGAGCUCUUGCUUGACCCUUUCCUGGAAAUUGAAGAUGGUGAAUUAGAGAUAGAAGCUAAUGGCGAAACAUUACUCUCCAAUAACUUGGGGUCUGAAAUUCUUGAUUUUGAGUCGUCGUGGCCGAUGGCAUCUAUCAACAUGGGCUCGAAGAGGGGCACUGACUUCAUCAUUACUGGGAAACAAAAUCCAGAUGAUGAUACAAUCUUCUUGAGUGUGCAAAUGGCCGAUAAGGAGGGUCGAGUCCGGAAAAUUUAUUUCCCAUUCGACAUAGUCACAGACACUGUCAUGGAUGUUGCAACUGAGAUGGUGAAGGAGCUUGAAAUUACCGAUCAAGAUCCAAUUGAUAUUGCAGCGUUAAUGGAGGCAGAGAUAUCAAGUCUGGUCCCAGAUUGGAAGAAUAAGGUGUCGUCCCUAGACCAUGAGAGCUUCUGCUAUGAUGACCCAGAGUUUAGGGACAUCGGCCCUUUCGAUGACAUCUCCAUGUCCUCCGCAGAAAAUUCUCUUCACAACUUUUUUCCUUCCUGUGAAGCUCAAUAUAGUGACUCAAGUGGUCAAUUAGCUUCGAGUUAUCGGCCAGACAUUUCAAUUGAUUGGUCACAAGAGGAGUGGAUCAAUGAAGAGGAUACGAGCUCUCAAAGCUCAACAUACUCAAUUGGCUAUCCUAAUUAUAGUUACCACUCUGCACAUAAAGAAGGAGAAGAUUCGGAGUCCGGCUUGCAGACAGGGGGAAGAAAGGGCAAGGAAUCCUGUAUGUCUAUAACAAGGGACCUCCCAGUUCACAUCAAUACCCUAAAGACUUCUAGGUUUUGUCCAUUUACCGAUCAAACAUUCUCAGUAAGCCCAAGGACCUGUCAGAAUUGUUUAAGGCCACAAGACAGCACUCGCCUCUCGAGAAAUCGACAAAUGCUAAGGAAAUAUUCAAUGAUGGACAUUAGGAGCCAAUUUUGUCGACUAAAUCUUACUGAAGAGUUGAGACGGCUGAGGCUUUACAAGACAGUUGGGGCAAUCGAGAAUAUCGGCUUUCAUCCUAUUCAUGAGUUUCCCUGCAAGGCUAGAAAUGUGAGGUCACCGGAAAUGUCAUCGAGAACACGCAAUUCUACACCUCCCCAAGAUAAGAGAAGACAGGGAUGAUCAUGAGGGAGACUGGUCUUUGUUGUGAAAGUUGUGAGAGUGUGAAUGUAAUGCUUAAUGCCAAUGUGCCAUUGUAGAUAAUAGUAUUUUGUUUGUAGACUUUGAAAGUGUUUGAAGAUGGGAUCAAGGUCAUAGCUCAAUUGGAUGGUGAAUGUUGCUGUAAUUUUGAGGUUUAUAAGUUCAAACUUCAAACCCACCCGACCCAUCAAAUAAAUGUUUGAUGUAUAAUACUACAAUUUGGGGCAGUCAUUUAUAGGGCCCUUAUUGGGACACACAAGGCAAUACUGAAGAAAUGUAAUCUCGAGUGCUCAUUAUCAUAUCAAACGAAAUUCGCUAUCUUUUAGGAAUAUAGCAUUUUCCUUGCGGUC